AUGGCGGGCGGGACGCGGUUAUUCCGCUACAUCGUCAUCGCCUUUGUCGCCCUCAUCACCAUCCUCUACCUGACAGGCUCAUCCAACUCCGCCACCCGCGAACAGUUCAAGUCCGCCACCGACAAGCUUCGCACCCAGGGAUCAAACCUCCUCAACACCGGCUCGAGGAAGACGCCGGGCACCAAGGGUGAGCUGGCACACUCGGAUACUGCCGACACCUCUCCCAACCCGUACGCCGACUCGACUCCGCCUCACAAUGUCCUCUCCUCGGGGAGCGGAAAGCCCGCCCCUGGCCCUCGCAUGAACGCCACCUUCGUCACCCUCGCCCGGAACUCCGACGUCUGGGAGAUCUCCCAGAGCAUCCGGCACGUCGAGGACCGCUUCAACCGCAACUACAACUACGAUUGGGUCUUCCUCAACGACAAACCCUUCGACGACACCUUCAAGCGCAUUACCACCGCCCUGACCUCGGGCCGCGCCCGCUACGGGCUGAUCGGGCCCGAGCAUUGGGGGUACCCGGAAUACAUCGAUCAGGAGAAGGCGGCGCGCGUGCGCGAGGACAUGAAGCGCCGCCAGAUCAUCUACGGCGACAGCGAAUCCUACCGCCACAUGUGCCGCUACGAGAGCGGCCUGUUCUUCCAGCACCCCCUGAUGCUCGAGUACGAGUGGUACUGGCGCGUGGAGCCGAGCGUGAAGCUCUUCUGCGACGUGGCCUACGACCCCUUCGCCUACAUGGCCCAGCACGGCAAGAAGUACAGCUUCACCAUCUCGCUGUACGAAUACGCCGAGACGAUCGAGACCCUCUGGGAGAGCGUGACCAAAUUCAUCAAGAAGCACCCGCAGCACAUCGCGCCCAACAACGCCAUGGACUUCAUCUCCGACGACGGCGGCGUCAAGUACAACAUGUGCCACUUCUGGAGCAACUUCGAGAUCGGCAACCUGAACUGGCUCCGGGGCCCCGCCUACACCGAUUACUUCAACUUCCUCGACCGCGAGGGCGGCUUCUUCUACGAGCGCUGGGGCGACGCCCCGGUCCACUCCAUCGCCGCCGCCCUCAUGCUGAACAAGACGGAGAUCCACUUCUUCAACGACAUCGCCUACUACCACGUCCCCUUCACGCACUGCCCCACCGGCGAGCAAUUGCGCGUCGACCUGAAGUGCUCGUGCGACCCGGGCGAGAACUUUGACUGGAACGGAUACUCCUGCACGGGUCGCUGGUUCGACAUCAACGGCAUGAAACGCCCGGCCGGCUACGAGAAGGAGAACUGA